AUGGAUAAGGAUUUAUUUAUUUAGAAAUAUGGAUAAAAUAACUCAAUAAAAUAAAUAUUUCUCAGAAAAGCUUAUCAAAAUUAUUAUAACUUUAGAUCUACUGCUAGAAAAGAUUUUUCAAAAAAGGUAAAUAAGAGCGUUGAUCCAUCCUAAUUUUUAUCAACAAAAUUCAAAACAGACUAAAGCAAAAGUUCCUUUGUUGAAGUUUCUAAUAACUCAAACAAAGAUAAUAUGUACAUAUAUAAUAAUUUUAUAUAAGAUCAUAAAUGACAGAAUUUCAUUAUAACAAAUUAAAAAAUAAAUGGCUAAUAGAUGAUAAAUAGAAUGAAGUCUUUAUCUAAAUUAUGUAAAGAAAGAGGAAAUAAUUAGAAAUGGAAGAGAAAUAGAGAGAGAUGGAAAUCUCUAAAAUAUAAUAAGCAAUUUUAUAAAGAGAAAAUUUAGAAACAGAUAGGAAAAGAUAAUUUUAUAGAGAAGCUGAAACGUUCCGAAAUUAGUAAAGUGAAAGAAAAUAUUAAGAACUAGAAAAGCUUAAAUCAUAAGAACAAGAAUAUAUGUAAUUAGCAAAAAAGAUGGCAGAGAAUGAAGAACUAGCAAAAUUAGAAUAAUAAAUAGUUCACAGAUAGAAAUGCAAAUUAUAAUUUUAAAUGCUGGAAAAACAAAGAAAAACUAAUUCAUUUUUACUUUCUUGA